AGCAGCAUCAGGAUCACGAUGGGCAGCUAGCUGAUGGUCUGCGUCUCUACACAAAAAAAAAAACCCAAAAGAAGAGCAGCCCGGUGACAGACUCACUGAGAUCCUAGAUGCUGAACACCUGGGAAAAUAAGGGACAGAGUGAAAGGAUGGACAACAUCUUCAUGAUGGACGGCAGCAGGAGCCCCGUGUUCCUCACGGCCUCGUCCUCCAACCACCUCCAGACCUGUUUCCUGUCCAACAGCAUGAAGAAUGGAGUAGGAGAUGGAGGAACCUGUCUCUCUGCCCAGCCAGUAAAGCCUACAGUGGCAAUCUUGGGCUCAGGUGACUUCUCCAAGUGUCUGACCAAACGUCUGCUGCAUUGUGGCUUCCACGUUGUGGUGGGCAGCCGUCAUCCAAAAGUAGCAGCCCAGUCAUUUCCCCAUGUGGUGGACGUGACGCACCAUGAAGAUGCUGUGGGAAAAGCAAACAUCGUGUUCCUGGCAAUCCGCCGUGAGCACUACUCUGUCCUCUGGGACCUCAAGCAUUUACUGGAAGGCAAGAUUAUUGUGGAUGUGAGUAACAACAGGAGAUUGAACCAGUAUCCAGAGUCUAACGCUGAAUACCUGGCUUCAUUAUUGCCAGACUCCAUUGUGGUCAAAGGCUUCAAUGUCAUUUCAGCCUGGUCUAUGCAGCAGAGCUGCCUCAGAGAUGCUAACACACAGGUUUUUAUCUGCAGUGACUCACUGAAGGCUAGACAACAAAUUAUGGAACUAGCACGCCAGCUCUACUUCCAGCCGGUUGAUAUGGGCACCCUAUCUUCAUCGAGGGACAUUGAGGCCAUGCCGAUACAGUUGUUUCCUAGCUGGAGGGGCCCUGUCCUGGCUGCUGUGGCCCUAUCUAUCUUCUUUUUUGCCUACUCUUUUGUACGAGAUAUCAUCCAUCCUUAUGUGAAAUACAAGCAGAGUGACUUCUAUAAGAUCCCCAUAGAGAUGGUGAACCGAACACUUCCCACGGUGGCCAUUACUCUCUUGGCCCUUGUGUACCUGGCAGGCCAGCUGGCAGCCGCCCACCAGCUUUACUAUGGUACAAAGUACAGACAUUUUCCACACUGGCUAGAAGGAUGGCUGCAAAGCCGGAAACAGCUGGGCCUCCUUAGCUUCUUCCUUGCUGCUGUCCAUGUUCUCUACAGUGUGUGUCUGCCCAUGAGGAGGUCUGAGAGGUACCUGCUGCUAAAUACUGCCUACCAGCAGGUUCAUGCUAAUUUGGAAAAUUCUUGGAAUGAGGAGGAGGUGUGGAGGGUAGAGAUGUACGUUUCCUUUGGGAUUAUGAGUCUCGGGCUCCUCUCACUUCUGGCCAUCACCUCUAUUCCCUCUGUCAACAGCGCGCUCAACUGGAGGGAGUUUAGCUUCAUACAGUCUACUCUUGGCUACAUAGCUCUACUUAUUGCCACUUUCCACGGCCUGCUGUUUGGCUGGAAGCGAGCCUUCGAGGAGGAGGCGUACCGCUUCUACCUGCCGCCCUGCUUUGUGGUGUCACUGGCCCUGCCCGUGUGUGUCAUACUUGGGAAGGUGCUGAUGCUGCUACCCUGUGUUGCCCGCAAGCUCCACCAGAUCCGCAGAGGCCUGGACAGCAGUCAUGUUCGGUGCAAGCGCCUGGAACCGGUGGGCUCAGCUGCCCAGAUCUCACCUGAAAGAGUGACCAUCAUGUAAUCUUUGUAGCACGAAGCUGUCUGCUCCAGUAUUGAGAUUCCAUGUAUACUGCCAUAGUUUGUUUGGUUGCAAAUAAACAUAAUUUAUGAAUACGGUACUUGUUGAAGGGCAUAAUUCCUCUUUGUUACUGUGAACUGUUUUUUUUUCUUCUGACCUGUGAAUUGUGAAUACUUGUUUGAAUACUUGUGUACUUGUGAUCUGAUAAUGUGAAGAGUUUUGUCACUAUUUCUCUGUCAUAGUGUAAAUCCAAAUGUGCUUUCCUUGAUAGUAUAUUACCACUAGUCCAGUACGUUGUUACUGUGUAAAUGUGCUUUGUAAAUACUUUGUUCUUGAAGACGUUACAUUAACAUACUACUUUAAAGUGAAGUGUAUUUUGCGGGUUCUGCUCGGCCCGUGAAAACAUUUGAAUUAUGUCGUCUUUGUCUCUGGAGGAGAUUUGUCGAGUCUAGGGAAUAACCCUAAUGACGGCAUAGUAAUGUUAAGGAGUACAAGGACUACAGUUUUUUUUUUUUAAUCAGACAGGCUGUGUUUUGAAACUGACGCAAUGGACUAUAAGAGAUAUGGGUUGAGAAGACUGUACUGUGUUGUGUUAUGGUAUUUAAGAAUCCAGUGUUUCUGUCCAAAGAUCUAUGCCUUCUAUGCACAACUGUCUUGUGUAGGUACCCCCUCAACCUCAUAGAAUUCAAGUACUUAACUACACCUGUUCCUUUUAAUUUAGGGUCCAACGGGCGAAGAUUUUCUUUCAAGGAAAAAUACUUGUUGGAUUUUUUAACAUCUUGUAUAGUUUGGGGUCUUUACAUAAAUGCUCAAACUUGGUGAAGGUGUUCUGAUGUGCUGUAGGAUUAAGGUUCUUCGUUAUUCUGCCACUAGGGGGUGCCGCAAAGUGUACAUCUCUAGCUUUCAAACUCGUUAGUCUGUAUCUAAAGUGACAGAAGUGGCUCUACUUGAAUUUUAAGCACAAAAUGAAACUAGCAGAAUAGAAUAAUGCAUAGAUUUUCAUAGAUUUUCCACAAACAUUUGAUCACCAACCUUGCAGUGCCAUCUAUAAUGCUUAUAAAUCUGUCAAAAUAAGAAUAAAAAAAGACUAUUUCACUGUAUAUCUUCACCAUGCAGCAAUAAUAGAACUGUAACAGGAAAUGAUGCAGUAUGUAAUGUUUUCUGUGGCCGAUCAUUUAUUGAAGAAUUUCUCAAGCCUCUAGCAAUGACUGCCAGGUUGUCUUCAAUGUUUGUUACUGUCUCACUGGUUUUGUUUAUUGUCAUAUGUGACCAGGUGAUGUAACAUCCAGCCCCUGGCAUGGCUGCAGUGAAGAAACAAGCAGCAUCCACAGAUCAACAUUGUUUAUUUACUUUUGAAAAAUGCCAUAUCUGAGCUUAUGUUUUACCCUAUAAUGAAGUAAAAACCACCAAAUGUGCUGCAUAUUUCUCAAGUCUGUAAGUAGUGUUUAUUCUGUUGUCAAAUAAUCCAAUGUUUGAUUUAUGAAGUAACAGUGACCUCUGCUGUCCAUAAAUUAAAGCUCAUUUGUGAAUAUU